CCGCAAACAAUCUGAACGUCUGUUAUGCAUGUCACCAACUAGGACAUCUAGCCCGUGAUUGCCCUCACCGGCCUCCGCAACAACGAGUCAGGGUCGCGCCGAUGGCGGCGGCCCCCAUCACUAACGGACCAGGACGAGUAGGAGCCUUGAUGGAAGAAGUAGAGGGUGGGGGAAGUGUGUUAGCUACCACAGAAGAAGUCGUUGAGCUCAUCCCGCUAGAUCAGUACGUAUCGCUUGGGUAUCCCGGGCUUGGAAUGAUCGGAAUGAUCCGACCGGCCGCGGAACAGAAAGAAGUGGCGGAGUGGCGACCGUCUCCAGGCGAGAUGGGGUCGGGAGGACCCACCUUCGUCACUGGGGAAAUCGAUGUGCUUAACAUUGUUCGAGCCUUGGACCAUCGGAUUCCACUUCCGAUCGGCCACUUGCUCAUGAUCUUAGAACAAGCCAAUGAGCGAAUGCUACAACACUGUAAGGCGAACCGGAAACGAUUCACCCUAACCCGAGCAACGAACAUGAAGAAGGGACUUACACCAGAGGAAAAUACGGCAAGAACUUCGGAUCCGAUUCGGGUAGGGGGAUAUCACAGUGAUCCCGCCGGCGAUUCACUCCGACAUCUAUCGGACGUUGCGCGCCUGGGCCGGGGAAGUGCGGACAGCGUGGACAAAUCUCCUUCCUCGACGGAAGAUACCAUCGUGCCGGCGCAUGACACGAAGGUCGCCAGCGAUCGUGCUUCCGGAGCGUCGUCCCUUCGCGCCGCCCCAAUGAGUUAUCGUCGCGUCUCCUAUUUCGGCCUCCCCUCCAGCAUCCCCACCCUUUGGCAGUCUGCGCGGGCCCCUACUCUCUCCUACUGUAUUAAGGAGAACAGUGCCCCGUUAUUGAGCGAAGAGAAGUGGGACACGUGGUGGGAGGACUACAUCGAGCUCGCUUUCUGUCUAUUGGAGAUAGAGUUCUGCUUGUCAGAAGCGGCCCCGUUCGGAGAAGGACCAAAGCACCCAGAAGACAGCGUGGAGCUUCUGAUCAUCCAAGCCUGGAAAACGACGGAGCAGAGCGAUCUGCUGGGGUUCGUAAUCGGGAAGGUGGAGGAGGGCAAUCUCACCUUGAUCACGGAUGAGUUGCUGGUGUUUCUGACUCAGCUGGUGGAUGAUAUGCCCCUAGACAUCCUGUCACGCACUGACGAGCAGCAUGGCACCCACGUGCUGUCUCGAACGCUCGAGCCGCACCUUGUAUGGUCCACGUGUACGGAGAUUGACGAGGACAACUGUCUCUAUUCCUCCCAGGCGCUGUACUUGGAGAUCGACGUUACCGAUCUCACGUUUUGGGACCCGAUCGCGAGGAGAAAUAAGGCGCAGGACGAGGAGAUAGGGGGAGCAGAGGAAGCAGAGGAAGAAGAGGAGCCAUCGAGUGAAGAACGGGACGAUCCAGACUACGUCCCGGAAAGAGAAACGGGGAUAGCUAGCGGACCGAGCCAGCCGCGUAAAAAGAAUGAAGAGGAGGAAGAGCAGAGAAAGCGGAAGCGCCAGGAGACCGCGGAGGGAAAGCGACCCACGACAAACGUUUCUCCUAUCGAUCCAUCGAUCGGUGAUCCGUGGCGUGAUCCAGAGCCGCCAGAAGCUAUGUGUUCGAAAUCGGAUUCAACGGGGGUUUUGAGUUGAACGGUUCAACUCCCAUUCAACUCCAGUUGCAACUCCGCGUUAAACCGAGUUGAACGUGGUACAACUCAGCCCGCGAAUUGUUUUUUUGCAGGUAAAACAAAAGUGAAAAACAAAU